AUGGGCAAAUUCAAACGCACGCUGUUCCGUGCAACGCGAGUCACAGCUCUUAUUGCCUCCGUCUCGCUCGCUGUACAGUUCUACCUGACUCGAUGGCACCAGGCGGCGCCUCUGCUUUCGGUAUUUGACCAUGAGAUGGACGGGGUUGAGCAGCACAAUGGGACGUUGUGGGAGGUGCUCUUGAGCAAGCCGCGUCUCUCGCGUUGCGCGGCCAUUGUGGGAGACUUCCCCCAGCUGGUGGCUCCCCUCAACACGCCAAACCUCUCGUUGACGGUGUUUGCACCCACGGACGAGGCCUUUGCCCGAGAGUUCUUCCACUGGGACUCGCCGUGGUUCUUCUAUAUCAUGUUAGCCUCCUACCACAUCGCCCCGGGCGAACUGUCACGCGAGGCCCUGCAAAGAAAGGGCACUGUGGGCACGGUGCUCAAUGCGGAUAUCUUCUGGCUCUUCAAACAGCGGAUCAGUACACAGCGGGUGGAAUCAUCAGUAAUGCUCAAUUAUCUGUCGACCAUUCUCGGUCCGGAACAAGCAGCCGUCAACGGACGACUGCAUUAUGUGGACCGUGUGUUGACGCUACCCGAGUCGACAUCGCAUGUUUUGCGUUCCUCGCCCGAGUUUCGCACCUUCUGCAAGGGUUUAACUGUCUCAGAGGUGGCCGUAGUAGUCAACGAUACGUCGACACACGUCGGUCAGACGGUCUUUGCGCCGACAAACGCGGCCUUUAAGAAGCUGGGGCACCAGGUUAACCGGUUUCUCUUCGGACCUGGCGGCGAGGCGUAUCUCAAGGCAUUAAUGGAGUAUCAUGUGGUGGCUAACCACACCCUGUUUUCAGACGUCUACUUCCACCACACGCAGAAGCAGCAGAUUGAUCUGACGGAGACUGAUGUGACUUGGCUUCCGACACUGGCCCCCGGUGGGUUCAAUCUGUCGGUCACGAUCGAGAAACACGACUCGCAACCGGCAAUCCGUAUCAAUAACGCGGUGACGGCCAGCAGGCCGGAUAUCGUUGUCAUGGACGGAGUAAUACAUGCUGUUGAGACGGUCCUGAUUCCCCCUGGUAGGCAGGAGGCCCUCGAUGGCCAGCCUGGAACGAUGUGGGAUGGGACAGUCGACAGUUUGGUAGCCAGACUGCAACCUCUGAUCGAGUAA